UGCAUCUAUAUGCUAUAUAUAUGCACACAUCCACACAAGUUUAUGUUCUUUAGAAAUUGUUCAACCUACAAAAUAUUCUUCUAAUUUUCUGUAUUAAAUCUCUCUUUUAACAUCUACUAUAUUCGAGAGAGUAUUUUCUUCUUAAUUCUUACUAUCUCUUUGCAUGCACCAAAAUCUCACUUACAAGAUUCCACCGUGGGUAUGUAAGCACUAAGCAUGAAUAUGGCCCCUCCUUGCACUAUAAAAAUCCACCACCAUCACUUGUCACCCUUCCUCAAUUGUCCGUUACAUGAUUUGCUCACGAGAACCGUGCACUCAUACCAACUCAAUAGGCCACAAGUUUCCAACUUUUUUCUUUAUAUUGAGCUAAAAAUCCAAUUUUGAAAGACACCCACCAAGCCAUUUUGCUCAAAAGUUAUGUCUAGUGUAUCAAACUUGCAAGAAAACCAAGGCAGAUCAUGGCCAGCCAAAUUUUCCAAAAGGGUUCUCUCAGAGCUGAAAACGCAACAAGGGAUGGCAGUUCCAUUGGUGGCUAUGAAUUUGACUUGGUUCAUAAAAAUAACCAUCACAACAGCAUUUCUAGGCCGGCUUGGAGAGCUCCAACUGGCUGGCGGUGCGCUUGGCUUCACUUUCGCUAAUGUCACUGGCUUUUCUGUCUUGACUGGUCUCAGUGGUGCCAUGGAACCAAUAUGUGGCCAAGCUUAUGGUGCUAAAAAUUCCAAACUCCUUCACAAGACCCUUCUCAUGACAAUGUUUUUGUUACUACUAGUUACGGUUCCUAUUUCUUUCUUGUGGCUCCAUGUUGAUAAACUCCUCAUCCAUUUUGGCCAACAAGAAGACCUUUCAAUUGUUGCAAGGAACUACCUUUUCUAUCUCCUUCCUGACUUGGUGAUCACGGCAAUAAUUUGUCCUCUCAAAGCGUAUUUGAGCUCACAAGGCAUAACAGUCCCUAUCAUGUUCAGCUAUGGUCUGGCGCUCGCCUUCCACGUACCAAUCAACAUCUUUCUGGCCAAAGCAAAGGGUCUUGAGGGAGUUGCCAUGGCUGUGUGGAUUUCUGAUCUCAUAGUUCUAACUCUACUGGCCAUAUAUGUUAUCGUGGUGGAAAAUACAAAGGAAGGGAAGUGGAAGGAAGGAGGAUGGUUAGAUCAAAGCUAUGAAGAUUGGAUUAGGCUGCUUAAGCUUUCUGGACCAUGUUGCCUCACCACCUGCCUUGAGUGGUGGUGUUAUGAGAUUUUAGUUCUAAUGACAGGCCACCUUAAUAAUGCCAAAGAAACAGUUGGAAUUCUCACCAUUGUCUUAAACUUUGACUAUUUGCUCUUCUCUGUCAUGCUUUCCUUGGCAACAUGUGCCUCAAUCCGUGCAUCGAAUGAGCUCGGAGCCAACAGGCCAGGCGCUGCUUGUUAUUCGGCCUACGUAUCUCUGACUGUGAGUGUGAUCACAGGUUGCAUAUGUAGCUUGGUUAUGGUGGCAGCUAGGGGGAGUUGGGGUGCUUUGUUCAGCCAUAAUAAGAGGAUUGUAAAAGGAGUAAAGAAGAUGCUGCUGCUGAUGGCUUUGCUGGAAAUUGUGAAUUUCCCAUUAGCAGUUUGUGGAGGAAUUGUUAGGGGAACAGCUAGGCCAUGGUUAGCCAUGUACGCCAAUCUUGGUGGGUUUUACCUCAUCGCCUUGCCACUGGCCGCAGCUUUGGCAUUCAAGGUUGGGCUCGGUUUAGGCGGAAUGUUGAUGGGGUUCCUAGUAGGGAUUAUUGCUUGCCUAAUAUUGUUGUUGGUGUUCAUUUUUAGGAUCAACUGGGAUGAAGAAGCUAGAAAGGCUCAAAUCCUGGCUGACAUUAGUGAAGAUGAGAACAAAAAAACUGCCGAGACAGUUAAUAAUGGUCAAGUAUGAGCCUUCAUUUAAUGCAAAGCAAGAAUUCUAGAGUAGCCAUAGGAAUGUAAAAAUACAGGCAUAUAUGCAAACAAGCAUAACUUGUAAACUCAAUCAAAUUUUCAAUACCACAUCUUUUCAGAAUUUUUUUUUUCUUUU